AAGUGGAAAACUACACUCUUGAGGUCCAUUCUCAAUCUUUAUUAAUAAUAUAUUUUUGUGUAGAUGAAGGAAGAUCAAGAGAAGGUAUUGUUGUGAGUUGUGUUGCUAUGGUACCAUCCUUCAACCACAAACCCUUUCUCCCUUUCUCCCUCUCUCUCUCUCUCCUUCUCAAUCUCAUCACAUCAUCAUCUUCUCUAUAACCCCAAUCUCUCAAAACCUCACCAUUAAACCAAAUCAAAUGACCCUUUUCUGACAACAAACUAUAGGUCAAACCCUUCAACUUUUUUGCCCCCAAUAUAACAUUUUUUCAUCAUUUCUCACCAUAUUUCCUCCAUUUUCAUUUUCUGGGUCGUCUCAGAAUUCCAAAAAGCUUCCAACUUUGAAGAUGGGCAAGGGCGGAACCGCGGCGGCGGUGGAGAUCGGCGAAACCGGUUCAAGGCCGGUUUUUUUCAGAGAACCGAGAUACAGAGGCGUCAGAAAAAGACCGUGGGGCCGGUUCGCCGCCGAAAUCCGAGACCCUUUGAAGAAAGCUAGGGUUUGGCUCGGAACCUUCGACACCGCCGAGGAGGCGGCGCGUGCGUACGACACGGCGGCGAGAAACCUCCGGGGACCCAAGGCAAAGACCAAUUUUCCCCUUUCUCCGCCGUUUUACCACCCUGAUCCAUUUUCCGACCACCAGUACUUCGCCGGCGCCGGCGAAGGCUUCCACGAUCACCGGCGGCCGACCACUAGCGGCAUGAGCAGCACCGUUGAGUCUUUCAGCGGCCCGCGGCCCGUCGGGACGGCGACUGUGCCGGUGCCGGCGGUUGCCGAUCGGAGAUACCCGCGGACCCCGCCGGUGGUCCCCGAGGACUGCCGCAGCGACUGCGACUCGUCGUCCUCCGUCGUGGACGACGGCGACGGCGACAACGUGGCGUCGUCGUUCCGGCGCCAACCGUUGCCGUUUGACCUAAACGCGUUGCCGUUAGAGGACGCUGACGUGGCAAACGGCGUUUGCGACGAUGAUCUGUUCUGCACCGUUCUUUGCCUCUGAUGAGAGAAAUGAAACCAUGUAUUGGUUCGUGGAAAAAAUUAUUAAUUUUUUUCCUUUUUUUUUUUUUUUUUUCUUUUUUCCUUCCUCUUUUAUCUACUUGAAUUUUUUUUAUCUUUCUCUUUUUCCCCCUUUUUUACUACGCGGAGAAAAAUGAAAAAGAAAAAUAUGAUUGCUGAUGAUCAGUUAUGAAGAUUAUGGUAAUAUGAUCUUAAUUCAUGUGAGUAAAUCUUCAUGGUA